GCACCUCUUUCCUGGAAUUCUCUAGAGCCUGUCAGAAAUUUCUUCAUCCCUCGUCUAAAAUUUCUCAGAUAUUAUACCCACCAAUUUCUCCCGCCACAACAGCAACGUUCCUUGAUUGAUUGGUUGAAGCUAAAAGGAAAUGGGUUUGAUUGGGAAGUUGAAACGAAAGGACAUCGACCAAGUUAACGACGACUUCUCAGAUUUCUCGCUCUCGUCGCCGGCCACCAAGAUUCGCCGUCUCGCCGCUGAUUUGCCGCCGAUUAUCGAGGAAGACUACUUCCCUGAGAAUCACGAAAGAGCCAUCGUUCUCUUUAACCCGAACCCACUUCUUCUUGAUCCUAAUGAACCUUCCUUGUGUUCUUCCCCCUUCUUCUCCCUCCAUUCCGAUCUCAUCUCCGUCUUCAAGAACCAAUUCCUACGGGCAACCGACACGAAAUCGGCCGAAACCGAAGAGAUCAAGAAGGAAAACGAAGGAUGUUUAGCUGUGGUUCCAUGGGUCCCUUCUCAGAUUCCUUCACAGGAAAGCAGAGAUGUGGAGCAGGAAGUCUCUGUUCCGGAGUCUAUGGAAACUGAUGAAAUGGAUGUAGAAGAGAAUUGUAGUGACAGAGAAAGCAUGCAAGAAGGGCAUGGAUAUCAAUUCGAAGGGCUGAAGCCAAGAGAAGCUUUACAUCACUGGAUGCAGCCGCAACCACAGCAACAUUGCAUGAUCCCACAGCCUCCUCAAAACCCUUUCACUCCAAUCACAUGGUCUGAUUGAUAUACUUGUGGUGGUGCUUCUCUGUUUCGUUUUGUAAAUGAUUUGGUUUUGUUAAUGUUGGGGCUAAGAAUGAGAUGGGUGAUGGGGGCUUGGGUAUUCCCCUGUUUUGCAUGCCUGCGGAAAUUAUCAUUCAUUUCUGAGAAUUACCCAAUGUUUCGAGGGGCAUAAAUGGUUGUAAUUUUGCAUGAAAUCUUUGCUGUAACAAGUGGAAGUUGGUUGGUGGGAAUGGGAUGUAUGCUAAUUGAAGCUAAAGCUGAAGUGCCUUUUUUUUUUUAA